UACGGAGUUGCUGGGAUUUAUGGGCAUGCUCCACCGCACGCCUGGCCUGGAAUGGCUUCUGCAUAGUUUAUAUCGAAGUCCUGACUCCCAAAGCCCAGAGCUUGGGCAGGGGUGGCUGCUUCUGCAUUUGAAGAGGUGUUUUUUGUUGUUUGUUUUUUCAUGGGGGAGAGUAAUUUUGCAGUCCAACUAAGUAUAAACAUCCAUUCAUAAAGACAUUCCUAGUCUCCCCUUCUUCCUCCUUUUCUGGGAAGGAAUAGAAGAAAUUUGUAUGGCUCUUGUUGUUUUGCAGUGUACACUCCCAUGUUUUAAUCCUCAGCGAUUCUAUGACAUAGGCCAUAUUAAACUGACCAUUAUUUAGAUGAGAUUGAAGCCUAGUGCAAAGAAUCAGAGCUGUUAAAAGUCAUAUAAGACUGAGAUAGGAACCAGCUUUUUGUUUUUAUGGGAUGAUAGUUUGGAAAGAGAGCCUAGGGAUACAUCAUUCCCAAAUCAUAUAGAGUUGCGUCUAGAAUCUUUUCACAUUUAUACUUGGAAUUUCAGUUUCGGAAGUACUCAACAAAUAAUGAAGUACUCUUCAGAUAAUGAAGCCUUCCGGAGACGGCCUGACAGUUUACAGGUUGGUGACCUACAUCUUUGUCUAUGAGAACCCAGUCUCCCUGCUCUGCGGUGCUGUCAUCAUCUGGCGCUUUGCUGGCAAUUUUGAGAGAACUGUGGGCACCGUCCGCCACUGUUUCUUCACCUUGAUCUUCGCCCUCUUCUCCGCGAUCAUCUUCCUGUCAUUUGAAGCUGUAUCGUCACUGUCAAAGCUGGGGGAAGUGGAGGAUGCCAGAGGUUUCACCCCGGUGGCCUUUGCCAUGCUGGGAGUCACCUCUGUCCGCUCUCGGAUGAAGAGGGCCCUGGUGUUUGGUGUGGUGGUGCCCUCGGUGCUGGUGCCCUGGCUCCUGCUGGCUGCCUCUUGGCUCAUCCCCCAGACCUCCUUCCUGAGCAACAUCUGUGGCCUUCUGGUCGGGCUGGCGUAUGGUGUCACCUACUGCCACUCCAUCGACCUCUCAGAGCAAGUGGCACUGAAGCUCGACCAGAAGUUCCCCUUCAGCCUCAUGAGGAGGGUCUCCGUGUUCAAGUACAUCUCCGGGUCUUCAGCCGAGAGAAGGGCUGCCCAGAGCCGGAGGCUGAACCCUGUGCCUGGCUCCUACCCCACACAGAGCUGCCAUCCUCAUCUGUCUCCAAACCACCCUGUCACCCAGAUGCAGCAAGCCAGCGGCCAGAAACUGGCCUCCUGGCCAGCCAUCCCUGGGCACAUGCCCAGCCUGCCCCCGUACCAGCCCACCUCCGGCCUGUGUUAUGUGCAGAACCACUUUGGCCCGAACCCUAACUCCUCCAGCGUCUACCCGGCUUCUGUGGGCACCUCCAUGGGGGUCCAGCCCCCUGCCCCCGUCAGCUGCCCUGGCACAGUGUAUUCUGGGACCCUUGGCACCCCAGGGGCUGCAGGCUCCAAGGAGUCCUCCAGGGUCACCAUGCCCUGAGAGAACAUUUAGGGAAGACACCUCACGUCUCGGCCUUCUGAGGAAGGUCCUGUCAGCCGAUUUUCAUGACAAAACUUAUUUAUUGAAUACCUCCUGUGCCAGGCCGUGUCGAGUACCUUGAUACAUGUCCGUUUCCACCCCCUUCGUGCUCCCAUCGGCUCUGUGAAGUAGUUUACACAGACACUCUGACAUCAUGGGAUCCUGUGGCCCUGGUGGCCCAGCUGGGGUUCCUCGCUCCUGGCUCAGGGCGCCUCCUAGAGGACAUGGGAGGGAAGGGCAGCUGUCGGGCUGCUGAUGGCUCUCCAGCACCACCUUCCUUCCUGUCUCUACUCUGCACACGCUCUGUCCCCUGCAGUGUCCCUGUGUCUGUGCUGGGCAGCCCCCAGGCCUCUGUAGUAAGUCUCCCCCAGUCACCCGCACCCAGACUCAGGGCCCAGCUGCAGUGACCUGUGUCAUGUCCUUGACCUUUGUAUAAAGAACCAGCCUCCAACCUGC